GAAAACAAAGCUGUCAAAUGGUAUUAACGAGGAAUAUUCCGACGAAGCGGCUUCAAAAUUAAAUAAUAGAAGUAGUCCGUAUUUAAGAGUGUAUUGUACUUUUGACUGUUGAUUUCUUCCGCCGCACUCCAAUUUUCAGUAAUCAGAUCAAAGUGUGUUCUGGAAGAAAAUGUUGCGUACCUUUGUUACUACCGCUGGACGACGAUUAGCGCAGCAACACCAACAAUCCGUAUUACUCAGGAAUGGGCGUCAGCUAAUACAACAGAGUCGCACGAAGUCCUCCACACCUAUGAAUACAAUCAUUAUGUUUGUGCCUCAACAGGAGGCAUGGAUAGUGGAGCGAAUGGGCCGUUUCCAUAGGAUUAUGGAGCCUGGUCUUAACAUAUUGGUGCCCUUCAUUGAUAAAAUCAAAUAUGUGCAAAGUCUGAAGGAAAUCGCUAUUGAUGUGCCCAAACAGAGUGCAAUUACCUCGGACAAUGUUACCCUUAGCAUAGAUGGCGUUUUGUACUUGCGUAUCAUUGAUCCUUAUCGCGCUUCAUAUGGCGUUGAAGAUCCCGAAUUUGCGAUAACGCAACUUGCACAGACAACCAUGCGGUCCGAGUUGGGCAAGAUGUCGUUAGAUAAAAUCUUCCGCGAGCGUGAAUCUCUCAAUGUCAGCAUAGUGGACUCUAUCAAUAAAGCGAGUGAAGCGUGGGGUAUUGCGUGUUUACGUUACGAAAUCCGUGACAUUCGUUUGCCAACACGUGUGCAUGAAGCUAUGCAAAUGCAAGUAGAAGCAGAACGACGCAAGCGUGCGGCUAUACUGGAGUCUGAAGGUAGUCGCGAAGCUGAAAUUAAUAUUGCUGAGGGUAAAAGAAAAUCACGUAUACUUGCUUCCGAAGCCGAACGACAGGAACAAAUCAACAAAGCGAGUGGUGAAGCGGCUGCUAUGUUGGCCGUAGCAGAUGCACGUGCUCGUGGACUGCAAACUGUGGCAAAAGCUUUGCAGGAUUUAGAUGGCAAAAAUGCAGCUUCGCUCACCUUAGCUGAGCAAUACAUCGAUGCGUUUGGAAAUUUAGCGAAAACCAAUAACACUCUCAUACUGCCAUCUAAUCCUGGCGAUGUAACAUCAUUGGUCUCACAAGCUUUAAGCGUUUAUCAAACAAUUUCAAAUGCAAAUGUUGGAAACCAUAAAAAUUUGCGCAGCGCCGAAGAUAUAUAUGAGAACAGUAGUGAUGAACUUAAAUGUAAACAGAACAAGAAUGUAAAAUUGAAGAAAAUGGAAAUUGAGUAAUUGAGGAACGAUAAAGUGAACUAUGAAUUGUAAUAAAAUUGCAAUUUGUGCGUUGUAUUGUUGAA